AUGGUACACGUAUUACUAGGCUAUUUAGAUGAAAAGAAGAAGAGGAAGAAUGAAUUAAGGGAUAAGCAUAAAAUUAAUAAAAAGUUUGUUUCUAAAAUUGGUGGGAAACCUUUUUGGUUAGAUAGAAUUAAUUUACCGGAUGAGAAAGAAUUUAAUUGUUCAGUAUGUAACAACAUGAUGAUAUUUUUAUUACAGAUUUAUGCACCUUUAGAUGAGCUUGGAAAUUGUUUUCAUCGAUGUUUAUAUGUAUUCAUAUGUAUACAUUGUGGUGAUCAAGCAAAAUGUUUUAGAACACAAUUACCAAGAAAUAAUCCAUUUUAUAAUUAUUAUUUACAAGAUGUGAAUUAUGUGGAUGAUACAACAAAUGAAAAUGAUGAAUUGAUAUCUUCUGAUGAUACAAAUAAUCAAAUUAGUGAAUCGGAUGAUACGAAUGAUACGGAUAAUCAUAUGAGUGAUAGUGAAGAAAAUAUAAAAAAUUCCACACAUACAAAUAAUAAUAAUAAUAAUAAUAUUAAAAAUAAUAAUGUGAUAAAUACCAAUAUUGAUGAAACAAAUCGUAAGGACAACAUGAAUAAUGGACAUCAUAUAGAUAUGAAUACAAAUAUAAUUAUUAGUAAUAGUGAAACCAUUAAUAGUAAUAGUAAUAGUAAUAAUAAUUCUAAUUGCUUCGAAGCGACAGGGAAUAAUUUGAACGAAUCAGACGACACUACUAAUCAAAUAAACGAGUCCGACCAUAGCACAAACCCAUUUAACGAAUCUGACGAUACAAAUAAUGAACAGAAGACAUUAGAAAAGAAGGAAAAAGAAAUAAAUGUAUAUAGAAAUAAUGAAGAUAAUAAGAAGGAUAAUGCUGUAAAUAAUAUUGUUAUGAAUAUUAAAGAAGAUGAUGAAGAUGAAGAUAAAAAGAAGGAAAAAAAGGACGUAAAGGUUAUUUGUUCCAAAAGAAUGGAAAAUGAAAAUUGUAAUAAUAAAAUUCUUAUACAUAAUGUAGAAAAAAAAAGUAAUAAUUUUAGUGUUAAUGAAGAUGUAAAAAAAAAAGAUACCUGUUCAGGAACAGACUAUUAUAUGACAUUAAUAAAGAAAGAUAAGAAUAUUUUUGAUAAAAGCGUGGAAUAUUAUUUUUGUUGUAAUAUUUGUGGAAUUCCUUGUUUCAAUAAAUUUAAAAAACAUAAACCUUGUAAACUUAAGAAGCAUAUCAUUUUCCAAGAACACAAAAUAUAUAUUAGCGAUGAAGAUGAUUGUGAAAGUAGUAGUACAGGCAGCGAAAUGUUUUCUGAUUUUUAUGGAGGGGAUUCUAAUGAAGAACUUGUUAAUAAUAAAGGUGGUACUUAUGUUCUUGAAAUGAAUACAAAAGAAAAGGAUAAUUCGAGGAUGUCACAUUUUAAUGUUUUACAUAAUGAAAAUAUAUCUACAACGAAUAAUGAUGAUAAUACAACGAAUAAUAUAUCUCCCGAUCAUGGUAAUGAAACGUAUGAAAGUGGAGAAACAAAUAAAAUGGAUAACCUCGAUAAUAUGAAUAAUAUGAAUAAUAUGAAUAAUAUGGAUAAUAUGAAUAAUAUGGAUAAUAUGAAUAAUAUGGAUAAUAUGAAUAAUAUGAAUAAUAUGGAUAAUAUGAAUGAUAUGGAUAAUAUAGAUAAUAACAUGAAAGGAAAUAAUACCAUGAAUCAUGUAAAUGGUAUGUGUGAUGUUAAUAAUAUAAAUGUGAACAACACUAAUGUUAAUGUUGUCGAUUAUAAUAAAACCAACUUUUAUAGUAACACCAAUUAUUCAUUUAACGAGAAAGAACAAAAUAAAGAUGAUGUAGAAGAAAUUGAUUUAGAUAUUAGUGAAAUGAAAGCUUUUGAACAGAUACAAAGAGAUAUUGAGAAUACAAGGAAUAUUGAUAAAGUUUUUAAAAAUUAUAUAAAAAAAAUUCAAAGAUUCCCAAGUCAGUUUAUAAGAUAUUCAUAUAAUGGUACAGCUCUUUAUUCUUCAUGUGACAUAUUUAAUAGUAAUAGAAAUAAUGUAUCGGAACUACCAAAUACAAAUAAUAAAUCUCACAAUAAUAUGAAUAAUAUUUAUAAUACAUUUAAUACUAAUAAGGUUCCUCGGUGUCAUAUUUGUAAAAGAAGAAAAGUAUUUGAAUUUCAAGUUCUCUCAACCAUUAUUAACUUUUUAAAAAUAAACAAAAAUAUACAAGUUGAUAAUAAUAUAGCCUUAAAUUCGAAGUUUGCCUACCUUGCCAUAUAUACAUGUGAAAAUAAUUGUGAUAUAUUCGAUAUAAACAAUUUUAAAGAAUCACAAAGAAGACAACACAAAAAUAGAUAUAUUCAAGAAUAUGUCUAUGUGCAAGUUGAAAAUUAA